AAUAAGGCGAAAAGUGGAGGUCAGCUCCAUGUAAACAAUCGGUUCCUUCUUCCUCUGUCGUCCAGAGGCGAGGUCGUCAUGUCUCCUGGACUCGCGUGAUAAUCCCGAAGGAUUGAUGUCCUGAUAUCCUUGCUUGUCUGCCACGUAUAGGAAGCGUCGACGACGAAAGUUUCGUGAGGAUGGGGGAGCCACGGAGGUGUUGGCUGCGAUGGCACAAUUAUAGUGAUUCCGUUACUUCAGCUUUAGAAUCUCUGCGAUAUGAUGAGGAUUUUCUGGAUGUCACAAUAGCGUGUGACGGACACUCAAUCCGAGCGCACAAAUUGGUUCUGUCAGCCUGCAGUGCCUACUUUAAGAAGAUCCUGAAGGAUCAUCCCUGUGAUCACCCUAUUAUUAUAUUGGAUGGGUUAGGCUGGCAGGUUAUUGUGUCCUUACUACAUUUUAUGUACUGCGGAGAAGUUGUCGUGGAAGAGGAACUCCUGCCAAGUCUUCUGAGUGCUGCUACUAAUCUUGAUGUCACAGGUCUUACACAUGUGACUUCAGCAAUAAUUAGUGCUCAGGCUACCAAAGAUGAUAGCAACGCUGAACAUUCAGUAGAGGAGGAAGAGUACGAGGAUGAUGAUGACGACGACGAUGAUGACUACGAUGAUGAUGAGCAGCCCCUUAAGAUUGAAGAAGUACAAAAAUCCUCCAGUGAUUUGGAGGGAAUGGACAGUACCGAGGGGUCUCUCUCAGAGGCAGAAGCGCCCCCAUCUAAGAGACCUCGCAAAUCGUCUUGCGAUGCACAAACAAAUGCUAGAACAGAAACACAGAAACAAAAAGACUUUGAUAGUACAAAAACAGUGUCUUCUCCUGUACCGAAGGAGAGUGGAGUCACCCAGCAGAAAGUUACCAAUGGCAUAUCUCCCUUAACUCUACCUCUCCAUGCAGCCACACCUCUCGUAGAUCUUCCCUCCAUUGAUAGCAAUAAAUCGUAUAAAAAAGAAGACCCACCAAAUUGCACUUCUGAAAGUAGUAACGACAGCACUGAUAAGAGUAAAAAGAAGGUAGUUAAUGGCGACUCAAGCAUCAAAAAUGAAAAUACUAGUGACUUUUUUAAAGAUGAGGAAUUUUAUGACGAUGACAGCUCUGAUCCACCCGAAAAUGGAGAUUCUGAUAUGCUCAAGACCUCUCUGCCAUUAGCGUUGGGGAAAUCAGGAGUGAUUCUACCCGAAGGAUUGUUGGAGACAUGUGUGCCAGUAGGGAUGACGUCAGCAAUGGGGCCAAUUAACUAUGCAACUCUUGUAGCCUCUGAAGGUAUCCUUCCUUCUGUCACAACAACUCAAGGUUCUACUGUCUUGAUAGCUCCAAAAGGUACAACUUCAACAAAGUCUGUUGUGGAGGGCAAAAUUAACCUCAACGCAGUGGUACAAAAAAUUUUAUUUCCACCUAUACCAGCCUCAGCAACUGUGGCAUUAUCGACAGUGCCAACAGUAACGUCGGGAACAACACCUGCUACAGCAACGUGCGCACCACCAACUACUACCAGUAGCCUUUCUAAUUCCACAUCUGGCCAACAGUACAUUCAUCCAUCAAUGGUCUCUCUACAGGAGGUGCAAGCAACCUUAGAGCAAUAUCAAAGGAAGCUUGCCUUCCAUGAGCCCAGACCAUGUCCAACAUGUAGAAGAAUGUACCGUGAUGCUGCUACUCUCCGUACUCAUAUGGCUAUCAUGCAUUCAGAAGGUAGGGAGCCAUUUUCAUGUUCGUGUAGGGCACUUUUUAGGACAAAGUAUGACAUGUACCAACACAAGAAGAAUGGUCAUCGGUAACUGGAUGAACAACACCAAAGAGUUGAGUUGAUGUGGAGAGCAAAAUCAAUGAAGAUAAAAGAAAUGGACGAAAAGGUUUUUACGUAACGAAUAAGCAGCUCAAGGGUAAUGGUCUGUCCACCAAAGAGAUGUUUUUAAAUCGAAGGAAUACGUGUGUUUGUGCUGAAGGGCCUGGAAGACCAAAUGAUGCUUCCCUUAGACCAAAAGGUUCGUAAUUGUAGCACAUUGGAGUGGAUGAGAUAUUGCCGUACGUCGUAUAUGGGGGCUUUUGUUUUUCCCCCACAAAGAUCUUCCACUUCAGUAGUAGGAAGUAAGGAGUAGAAUUUUUUUUAUCUAAUUUGUUGGGGUCUCUUGAAAGAUCUUGCCAAGUAUUUAAUGGCCAAGGGAUAGAAGCGUUUUGUCUCUCUACGCGUUCCUCAGAUGUACUUUUAAGUCAGUAUGUGAAUGUAUGUGUAUUGUGAUGAUGCUUGGUGGCAUUUAAGUAUUAGACUUUUUGCUCAAAAUAACCCAAAACCAAGUGCGCCCUUUUGGAGUUACCACUCAAUGUUGCUGCUUCUUUGGUGGUGGCUCAUGCUUGACGAGUAACCUUGGAUGAUGCCCCACCUUGCAGUUUAAAAUACUGAUUUUCUUCCACUAACCUCGUGAUGACUGAAUUCUCCAUACUUGUUUCAUCUUCUCAAUGGUGCUUCCCCCUCCCCCACAAGUUGUAAGAAGAGAGAGAAGGAUAGGCCUUAUCAAGAUAAAGCUUCGUCGUUUGUGACGGUCAAAUUUAAGUAUGUCAAGAGUUUACUAAUGUAUAGCUUAUUUUGAUACCAAGUGGCUAAUCUUGAAAGGAUUCAUAGCGUUUGUAAGAACUAUUAAUGUGAAAAUGACACUUUUGCCUUAAAAUGUGAAUGUUGUAGAUUUUUGUAUCAUAGAAAUAGUAGCCUACAGCACAAACAGCCUUUUAAUGCAGACAGAACUCUGCAAGCCUUUAAUAAUGAGCUUAUUUACAUUUUAGUAACAUUUAUGUGUAAUUAUGUGAAAUUCUUUGUUUUUUUAUAAUUUUUUUGAUCGAGUACAAAAAACUGUUGUGCUGACAUACUGGCAUACAAAUUCUAUGCAGUUAUUGUUACUACAUUAUGGGGCAACAAUAAUAACACGUUCUUUUUCUCAUGAAGAUGGGGAACAUUAUAUUGUAUGGCCCUCGAUUUUUUUUUUUUCUUUCUUUUUUUUUUUUGUUACUAAACUAAUCCCACAGAUAAGGUGUGGUUAUGUUUGUUGUUGGAUGCACAAGGCUGCUUAUCCUUUACUUAUAGCUUUGUAUAGUAUAAAAUUUUAUAUGUCACAUUAAAAGUUGAACCUUUAGUAUAUGCGGAGAAUUUAACUUUAAAGUGUACAUCUAUGCACAACACCCCAGGAGGUAUAUUGGAGACCAAUCAUGUGCUGUAGUGAGUCUCAUACAAAACACAGUUUCAUAGAAUUAUGAAUGCAACAGAGGUUUUAUUGGAUGAAUGAAAGUGUUAGAAACUUGUGCUUAACCUAAUGAGAAAAUGUUCAAAAUUCUUUUUUAAUAAUAAUAUCUGUAAUUCCAACAUUUACUUUUAGUAGAUGCAAUUUAAGUUCAUUUUUAAUUUCUUGUCAUUAUUUUGCCUUUCUACUUCAUAUUUCAUUUGUAUAAUUUUCUCCUUAUGCUUUGUUGUGGUUGUUUUUACAUUUGUUUUUCAUAAAAUGAAAUGAAAGUAAUAUUCUUCAAUUAUGCAUGGGAAUUCACAUUUCUAUCCUUUUAAGGUCAAGCUUUCAUCAUAAUGGGGCACUUAGCAGAUGAGAACUGGAGUGUUUAGGCUUAUACUUGUAGUACUAGUCUAAAAUUGCUGAUAAUUUGGCUAACACGAAGCAGGCUCUAUAUGUACGGUAUAUGACAUUCACUUAUGCUGUAGAAGGUCUUUGUAUGCAUCUAUCUAUUCAUACUUUUGUGUGUGGAGUUGUAGUUGAUUGGUUUUUGACACGGUAUAUUGUGCAUCAAUUAUUGUGUAAUAAACUGUCAGUUCACUCUGUAUAGGAUCAGUUUUUUUGGUGCAUUACAAAGAAAUGACCUUUAUAGACUUAGAAUAGAAUUUCAAUAUUGUUUUAAAUUUGUGCUAAUUUAAUAAACAUUAACCCUUAAUGGACGGACAUGCUCACAUGAGUAGCAAUAACGUGGGUGGACGACGGAGUGACUCAUGGUGAGUGACAAUAUUACACGCUAUCGAUUUUGGGGGGGAAAGGGGUGCAAUUACCUAUAUAGCCCGUAAAUUCACUAACUGCAACUUUUAGACUGGCUAAAAUCCACUGGGCGGCUCAUGAGAGACUUAGUGGGGUUCUUGACUUCAAGAACCCUACUGCCUCUCUGUCUCACAAGACUUCUUUUUGUAAAUUUGCUCAUAAAUAUACCAAAGGGUUGCUGGUGGUUUUAGUCCCUAUCAUUUAUGAUAGUAUGUUAGUUAUAAAUGUAAUUUUUUAAAGGAAGGUGCAAAUAAAUAGAAAAAACAUGUAUAAAUAAAAAAAAGUUAUUGCAUCUUCGUUCUCAGUAAACUUACUUAAAUAUUUUACAACAAAUAUGCUCAUAAUUGUUACUAAUUUCAUUUUUUAUUUGUUUUGAUAUUGUGUGAGCUAUAAUUAUAAUUUUACAAAAUAAAAUAAAUUUAUUUAUCAGAAAAAUCAUGUACGUAUAACUUUACAACAUUUUUUAUUGUCUUGUAAAAGUGGUUUUAAAUAGUCAUUUUCAAUUGCUCGUGGACCGUAGGGAAAAUUUGUUUGAAUAUUUUUCUUACAUCUUGUGCUUUUGCAUAUCUUCCUCUUUACAUUGAGAUGUUUUUUUUCGUAAAUUGGCCAUCCUCAAAGUUUUGCUGGCCUGGGCUGCUGCAUAUUAGUGAUUUGCUAUCCUGUCCAUUAAGGGUUAUUCUAGAAAAAUUUAUGGAGAACACUAAAAAUGAGAUUUGGAAUUAGUAGAUUCUCUAAAUAUGGUUGACUUACACUUUAACACUUGAAAUUAAUAUGUAUUGUAGAUGAACAAACAUGGAUGAUCUCCCUUCAUGCGAAUUUUUACAUGGUGGUUUACAUCUGUACCUAUUUUUAUUGGAGUUCUUUUAACCUUGAAAAAAUUACGAUGACAAGGUGAAUGUGAUGAAAAGGCAGACAAACACCUCUUUUCAUGCACAUCUGUCUGUGAGUGAAGGUUAACCCACGGCAUUAAGUUUGAUCAAAAUCUCUUCAGCUGUAUACGAGUAGAAGAGUAAUGUACAAACUGGUGGAUUUACCGAGAGAAACAUACAAGCAGAGGGAUAGACUAGUAUCCUUACAUUGUCGGUAGGGAGCUAACAAUACAGGCAGUCCCCGGGUUACGACGGGGGUUCCGUUCUUGAGACGUUGUAAGCCGAAAAUUGUCAUAAGCCAGAACAUUGUCACAAAUCCUAAGAAAACCUUACUUUAAUGCUUUGGGUGCAUUAAAAACUAUGUAAACUGCAUUCUUAUUGCAUUUUUCAUCAAAAAAACUUCAAAUAUUGGUUAUUUUGCAUUUUUGGAGUCAUAUUUCUUCUGCCAGAUCAGCAUUGUAAGCGCCGUAACCCUGGAACAAGCGUCGUAAACCUGGAAAUAAUUUCUGAUAAAUAUGAUUAAAAAGCACUGUAACCUCGGAACGUCAUAAGCCGAACCCGUCUUAAGCUGGGGACUGUCUGUACAUGUUAAAAGUAUGAGUGAGAUACAACAUGGAUUAUAGAUCAGCAUGUUAGUAAGGAAGAUGUAGGUAGAAGUUGCCAGUCUUCCAUGCAGUAGAAUCACAGAUGCAUAACUUGUGCCAUUUGAGAUUGAGAAAACCCCAAACAGCAUGCCUGUUAUGUCAGAAGUUCAUUAGUGUUAUGUCAGGUGAUGAAUAGGAAAUUGUGACAUAUUAAUGUAAAUGAUUGGUUUCCAAUAUUAUUUUCCUGUGUUGACAAGAGUACUCCAAGACUAUGAACUUGAAGAAUUUUAAAUUCAAAAAGAGGUUGUGAACUUGGGUAACAAAAACUAGGAUACUCCUAAUUUUUAAAUGUAUGUUCCAUGUUUUUUAUAUACAAUAUCUUUUUUUCUUUAUACUAAAACCAAAGGAGAAGAAUAAUAAACUUAUUCUUAUGUGCUGUCAGAACAAAAUAGCUGAUAUGCAAAACUAUCUUCUGAAGGCAUUGUGAGCAUUUGAGUUACCAAUUACAAGGUUUAAACGUAAUCUGCUGACAGUUGAAAAGGUUAGGUUGUGCUAUUGUAACUUGUAAUUAUUUCUAAUGGUGAUGGAAGAAGGUUACCACCAAAUAGUUUUAGUCUGCACUUUUUCAUUUUGAAUGUAGUACUGUUUUCACCUGUUACCAAAUAGUGGUAGGUGUAGGUAUCUUGUGUACAUUACUGUUGUUCCCUAGCAUUUAAGUUCUAAUCUCUUCAUUGUGACAAAAGGGCUGUGUUAUGCUGUGUGUUAUUGCAGGUUUCUGGAACACUUGAGAUCUGAAUUUUAAAAUUUAGCUUUUCUUUUAUUUUAUGCAAGUAGUAAGUUAUUGAACUAAGUUGUUUUGGCAUUUUUCCUGAUUUGUGUUCUUUUUUUAUAACAAUUGUAAACAAAAAGUGAUUUCAUAACUGGACUACUCUAGUGGGAAAUGGCAUUAUUUAUAUCAUAAGAAAGACAUUUCACUAUUAAAAAAAAGUACCACUAGAGUACUGGUUUAUAGUACUGUUUUUGUCUACAGACAUACUUAAUAGCAUUGUAUUUCUAACAAAAGUAUCUCUCCCACUUCCCAAAAUUUGUUUGAUCAUAAAUUUUGUAUCUGUUUAACAGUGCCAUCAUAAGCAAGAGUACAGGAGAUGGAAGCUUUUUCAGUCUUAUGACAUUUAUAGAUAUUGCUAAAUUGUUUGUGCCUCACUUGAUGUUGUUUAGUACAAAGGAAAAUAAAUUUCCCUUAUUUUGGAUUGGCUUAAGUCAACAUGGUAGUUGGGCAGCCUUUGACCUACAUAUUCAUUGGGUUAUUGUUCUGUUACUUGAGUCGCACUAAGUUCAUCUAUAUGAAUAGCCAAAGAUAGUAAUAAAAAAGGAAGGGAGAUAGUAAUAAAAAAGAAAGGGAGAACCUCAUGACAAAGUUGAGUGCUAUACACUUACCCGUGUUGGGCUAUUCAUGAGACGGGGGAGGAUACUGUCAUGUAUAUUAGCUGGUUAAGGCGGCCACAGUUAGCAUGUGUUGUGAUGGUUAAAUCCAUUGAUGAAGUGAAUUUUAUAUUCUCUGCACUGCAUUCCUUAGAUAAUUAAUCAGUACUUCAUGGAAAGUGAUAAGUUAGACACAUGGAGGAUUGGUUGAAUAGAAAAGCACAAAAAUUACUCAUUUUAAAAGGAAACAAUGUUUUUCAGUAUUAAUUGAAGAUUUAUUGAUUAUCAAAAUCUCCAGUGUUGAUUGAAGAUGUUUUUGUUUCCAUCAGAGUUUUAGUUAUUACUGAAUUUCUUAGAUUUAAUUUAUGUUUAAAGAACUUUGGAUGCUUGUUUGCAAUCGAGGUACUAAACACGUGGAUGCCUGUCAUUAGAAUAGAAUAGAAUACGUAUAUAAUUUAGGCCAAAGGCCAAGCACUGGGACCAAUGAGGUCAUUCAGCGCUAAAAGGAAAAUUGAUAGUAAAAGGUUACAAAGGUAUAACAGGAGGAAAACCUCACAGUUACACUAUGAAACAAUUGUUAGAUGAGUGUGGAGAGUAAGAUAGAACCUGUCAUUUAGUGCAUGAAGCACAUGCAAUGCUUAAGAUGUAAAAGCUUGCAUCAUCAGGGAUGGGAUUUGCGAUUUGCAGUCUUACUGCCCAGUAAAAUGUACCAGUUUUCCUUGCUUAUUAGUGCUUCUGAUUUUACAACAAUUAUUUGCAAAAGGAUCAGCCAUUAAAAUGAUUAAGAUUAUACUAUCACAGUAUUUUGUAAUUUUUACAAACUGGAAGUGCUGUAAAAACCCUUUAAAAUUAUAUAGAAAAAAUAGCUUUGCACAAGUUCAAUUUUUACUUCACAAAUUAUAUAAAGAUGGAAAAUAGUAGAAAUCUGUUGGAUUCUAGCCCAUGUGACAAGAUCUCUUGCAAGAAAUUAACACAGAUCAAGACCAGUGUUAGAAUAUAGAAUUAUUCAUAUCAAACGGAAUGACACACUCCAGUAAUUUGACUCGUCUUACAAUUGUUCACUCUCAUCUGCCUCAGAUAUUUAAUGAAUAGCUUACAAAUCUAUUCCUUAAUGUACACACAGUAGAAUAACACUUAACAGUUAAACAUGGGUAUGUGAAUGUCCAAAAUAUAAUAAACAGCAAAUGUUAAGUUUGGGAAAUAAGUUGCUUAAAGAAACUUUGUCAGGCUCUCCAUUUCCUAUUAAGCCAAUUAUUAAAUUUUUAAGAAGCUGUAAUUAAACUGUAAUAAUAAAGGUAAGUAAGAUAAAGUGGCUAUUGCCUUGAGGGAGAGGCAUUUUGAACAAAGAGAAAGAAGUGUCCUGUGGAAUAAUAUUAGAAUAUAAAAAAUGAAAGUGGUUUGUCCGACAAAAGUGAAGCGAAGCAUUAAUUCACAAUUUUGCAAAUAUGAAUUAUUUUAGCUAAUUUUCUUUCAUAUUUUUUCAACUGGCAUUUGGACUGGAAAAGCUUCCAGUCACCCUAUGUUCAAGGUUUUGGCUCCACAUUAUAUUUCCUCCUUUUUGAGUGAUAUAUCGCUUGUUGAGUUUCUAGGUAUUAAAACAUAUUUCAUAAACUGAAGUGCUUCAGAAGCUUUGCAAAACAACAUUAUACAUGGCUUACUUCCUUCCUUGUUCCAGAGCUACCUUUUGUGAUCUGUAAGUUACCAAUAUUAUAGAUUUACUGUAGGUUUUAAGAAAACUUUUCCUGGUGGUUCUUGGUUCAUUUAAAUUUUUCAAUAUAAUUCAUCUCAUGUAAUUUGAUGAAGGAAACUGAGGUGCCUGAUUACUGUAACAUGUAUAGGUUUUUUUAAUUUUUUGUUAGUAUUGUGUCAGUUUCUCAAUGUCUUUCGUUUGAAACCUUUUGAAAUUCGUAGUUACCAAGUUGUGUACCAUUGUAAAUUUUAGUAAUUUAGCAUAUUCGUAAGAUUUCUGUUAAAUAAGUAGAACUCCAUGCCUAGAUAUUAAGAUAAGGAAAUGUUGGUGGGGUACCCCGGUGAAAUGAAGCAUUUUGAAGGCAAAUAUUUGUGUAAAUGAUGAAGUUAAUUUCCCCUUUCUUUUAGGGGAGUAAAGAAAUACUUCGUUAGGUGAUAAUCAGGGAAUUUCCACAAUAUGUGUAACUUUUCGUAAUGUGAUGUGGAUUGUUUGGGAUGGAGCUAGAUUAAAAGUAUUUUCUAUCCCAUCCAAAACCAUUUCAACUUAUGAUUUUCAUGUAAAAUGGCACAAUAUUGGCUCCAGAAAGUGAAUGAUGAGCGACCAAAUUCUUUUGGCAUUCUGAAUUGCGCAAUGGAAACAUUUUUGUGGGUUUUGUAGUAAUAUUUUGUAGAUAGCAAAUCCCCACCUACAAUGUGUUAUUCAUCAGAGAUUACCAAGAUAGCUUGGUCUUGAUUGCUUAUAUAUUCUAAUAAUCUUGAAUGUCAUUUUGUAGGAAAUUAGAAAAACGUUCUCGUGUUUCCUGCUAUAAAAAGAAUUACAAUCAAGUUGCAUCAGAAACGUUAUGGUGGCAGUGGUAUCUUUGUUCUCUUUAAUUUUCUUGACCCUGCAACAUUUCUUUGCAAAGGGUUGUGUGUGUGUGUGUGGAUGUGCAUGCAUGGGAGCGGGUGAUAUCUGACAUGGUAUAGUACCUUAAUGUCACAAAUUGUGAUAAACAUCAAUAGUAAAUCUGUGUGAACAAAUAUUUAAGGAGAUUCCAUUUUCCCAGUUUUGAUUACAAAUUAUCGAUGUACAGAUUGUGUUGGAAGCAUUCAAGUGUUAUUGAAGUUUGAAACAGUAAAGCUAUACGUAGUACGUCAAUUGUCCCAUGGAUCUUUUUGACUACAUUGCAUUCAUUUCAUACCCUUGACACAUUCUCUUGAGUCACUUGACUUCCAGAUAUGUAAUGUAGAGAAUAGAAUUAUAAGUCUUAGCACAGGAAAAGAUUGAAAAGAUUACCUUAUCCUGUGAUUCAGAAGCUUAAGUUGAUAUACAAUGAUACAAAGUGAGCUAAGGAAAUUUGAAAGUUAUUCAUUUUAGAAUAAGUAGUAGCACAGUAUAGGGCCAGUUUUUGAAGAUUGGUGCAGCAGUUAAUUGCUCUUUCAGUAAUGAUCUUCCAUUUGGUAAGAGAUUUUUUUUAAGACAGUUCAUUAACUUGCUCUCCAGACCACAUAGAGUGACCAUACCAGGAAUUAUAUGUUUAUAUGUUGCCUGCACUCUGGAAAAUUAUAAUGUUGCUCUGGAGUAUGUUUAGUAUGAAGGGUUGCUAUUCAUGUUUUAUCUGUAAUUCUUAAAUAUACAUAACAAGAAUUUAGAUGGGAGUUUUCAAAUUUUGAGUAUUUUUUGUAUUUAUAAACUAAUGAAUGAAAUACUCUACAAUACUUUUUACAUAUUUUGGUGAUGAUACUGUCAGUUUUUUUUUUAGUGUUUUCAUUUAUAAUGUUGUUGAAAUUAUGAACAUUAUCUUGUACCUCGGCGCAGUCUUUGCACAAAGAACAGAUUAUUCUCUGAUUGCUCAGUUCAAGACUUUAUGCUCAAACUUCCAAAACUAGUUGUUUAAGAGAGCAGACCUGGGCUUACAGAAAGAAUUUACAUUCACUUGUGAUAAUAGGAAGAGUAUUAAUAUAAAUAGGUAUGCAGGCAUUCCAUCGGGUAGUCACCAUUGGUAGGAAAACAUAAUCUAGAUUUUUAUACGUCAGAUUUUUGUACGUUGUCUAGAAUUUAAUCAUGAAGAUAUAAAAUUUUGUUUUUCUUUAUUGAGGCCAUUAAAUUUGCAGCAUCUCAAAGUGAUUAAAAAUUAAGACAAAGAUACAGUCCAAGUAAUAUAGUCUUGAUUUAAUUGUAUACUGUUGGAAUUCAAGAUUUAGGGUUUUUUUUUCUUUUUAAAUUAGGGAUUUGUAUUUUCCUCAUCCUUCAUGUAAAUGGUGUAUAUAAAGUGAAAGGGACCAACAUGAUUGAUUGUAGUCAGGAAUAGUCUUCAAGGUAAGUAAAGUAGGUAAAAUAAAUGACUUGAGUGUUGUGUACAUAUUAAGUAGAAACAAUUAGUGAAGUUCUCAUACCAGCAGAAACUUUUCUUGUGUUGAUACCACCUCUGCCAUUUUGAGAAAACUGAAUUUGAAUGUCAAUUAAUUGACAUGUAAUAUAAUUAUAAUUUGGUAAUUGACUUUACUUUAUGAUUACUCAAAAGUAGUGUGUGGAUUGAUCUUGCCUUACUACUUUAUCAAAUGAAAAGGGUUGUAGAUAUUUUUCUUGGGUAAAAAUGGUGAAAUGCCGAUAGAUUAAAUUAUUUGAUAAACUUUGCUUGUUAAAUGCUGAAAGAUCAUAGGUAAUAAAUAAGGGGUCAUUCAUUAUUAUCAAUAAUUGGGUACAAUUGAAAUCUAGUGCUUUGUUGUACAAAAGUAAAAGCCCCCUUUCACUCCAUUGAGUUUAGAACCUUUAAGUUACUUGGAAGAGCAUUUAUGUCUUUUUGAUGUGCCUAAAGAAUAUGGUUGCUCCUUGUGUUGUGGCCAUUGAGAAUGUUUGAUGAUCUAUUUUGCUACAUUCAUUAGUUAUCUCCCCAGUGAACCUAUCUGUGAAUUAAAAACCUUGUCUGAAUGUCGGGGUUAGCUAGGAAAACCUGUAGUAAGCUUAAGAUAAUGCUAAGCAGAAUACCGAGUGAAACCUAAGCUUAGGGCAGUUUUAUAUGCAACUACAACUUUAAUACUGUACUUUUCUAUUAUGAGAAUGUUAACUUAAAAGUGCCUUAUUAAGGAAAUUUGUUUGAAAUUAUUGGGGUCAUUGAAAUCAUGUUGACCUCAGUGCGACCAUGGAAGGGGGUCCUUAAAUCUCCUCUUUAAUACCGGUGUGUUUAAUUUUAGUGAAAAAUGAAGCUAUUCCAUAAAUUCAUUUUACAAUGUGAAGACCCAACUUACACAUGAAGUAUAAUGUGCAGGAAACCAUGUAGCCAAUACUUUAUGGCUAGUAAAUUUAAAGAUCUUGUAUUUAUAUGCAGGUAGAUUAUAAGAAUCCCAUGAGUAACAUUGAAAAGGUUAGCCAUGCUUAUUUCAGCAUGAAAGGUGUAUAUUCACUCUGGUGAUUACUUCAAAGUGCAUUGCUUUCUCACCUUUAUGAACUUUGUGAAAACUGCCAAGCAUUAAUGACCCUUUACAUCUACCCUCAGGUUAUGAGGGCAUCAUAUAUUUUAACUGCAUUAAGGGCCAAGCUUUAUGCUGGAAUUUUAGCAAUUUCUUCACCCAUCCAUAUUUGUUAUAUAACAAUGUUGCAUUAGCGAAGUCACACAAUACUGUAUGUUAAUGCUUUAUUCAGUGGUGUGCGCAUGUGGGAACACCAAUUUUCUGUCACAUGCAGAACAUUACAGAAGAUUUGUAUCAGUUUGGUUUAUUGGUAUGUAAGGACUUUUAUCAGAAUGAUUCCCAGAUAGUGGAUGCUUUAAAGAUAAAUUCUGCUGUAUUGGCAUUAAUGCCAUGGUAAGAGAGUUGUCUCAAAUUAGUUUAGUACUGUUGUAGGAUCAAGAAUUGAAGUGCAUGUAUCUUUUGUAAAAGUGUUUUAGAGGUAUACCUCUGUGAAGCAAAAUUUAAUUCCAUUUUGAAUGUGUGCUGAUCAUGUGUAUAUUUUUAUGGAAUGAAUCUCAGUUUUCCUACUUUUUUCUGUAAUUAAAAGACAAUAUUUUAAGAUUUCAUUGUUACACCAAAUGUUUUUAUCAGUCCAGAUUUAACUGCAGCUUUACUUUUUGCCUGGCAUUUUGUUAGCAAGAGUUGUUACUAAUAUUGUGAGGAUAAAACUUCCCUAUCAGAUUUUUCUCACUUUUGUCUGGAGAAAAUGAAGUCAGAAGAUUAUGCAAUUAGUAGGUUUGUGUCUAAUGCCAAAAAGAAACAAUCAUGAAGCAAGUGGGAGUGUUUGUUUGUGUUAUGAAUUGAGUAAUUUAUUUCCUCUCUCUCUCUCU